AUGAAUCCCGUACUACCGAGUCGACAUUUGCUGGAUGUCGAUCCUCGUCGAUUGUCAAUGAUCAAUGCGGCUAAUAUGAGCGCAGCAGGUCAUCCAAUACAUCAACGUCGAACAUCGAUUAUCAACUAUCAUCAACAUCGCAAUUCACAAUUGCGUAAAUCAAGUUUUACGACUUCAAUCUUGGUAUGUGACAGAAGCGCACUAGAUUCACUGUUGGAUAUUGCCAUCUAA